AUGAUCAAGACGAUAGUAUUUUCCACGGAGGCGACACAUGGUCCAAUCUCUGUUUCUACUGCUCUUCAAGAUGUCGAUAUUGUUGCACAGCUUAUCUCUCCGUCAGGCCAACGGCGAGCCAUCCUGCGAAGCCCAAAGUCAGGAACCCCACGAUAUGUUGAAAUUUGGAGAAAUGGACUUCUGGAAACUUCCCUAGAUGUGACGGACCUCCAUGGAGAUUUUUACUCGGAUGAGUUCCUUGGAUCACUAUCCUUUUCGCCUUCAGAAACCACAGUGCUGUAUACAGCAGAAGCUAAGGCACCUGAGACGAAAGACCCAUUUGAGAAGUUCAAGUUCACUCCCGAUUUCGGCGAAGGUCUAACUGGGAAACGUCGACCAGUCAUCUUCAUCUUUAAUUGGGAAAAUCCACCCAGUGAAGACGGCGACAAGAGAACUUUGGUACAGAUAACUACACCAGAUGGUGAUACUCGGUUCGGCCAAGCCGUAUUCUCUUCCAACUCGGAUAAGGUCAUCUACGCAACGGGAUACGAUUUCACUGCAGACGGACGGAUAUUAGGCAUUAAAGGCUGUUUCAAUCGCCCUUCGGGUAUAUGGAAGUUGAAUAUAGCUUCCGAGCCACCCACUCGUACGGAUGACUUUAAAAUUCGUCCAGUAAAGGUGGACGCGUCUGUGCAAAAACUGACGCCACGCCAUGUCUCAUGCCGUUCUCCUCGCAUUUUCACCCAUAACGGACGAAGCACUUUGAUCUGGCUAUCUAGUGCUAGUGGUGGUGCCCAUCUUGCUAGUUCGACAUUGUACUCUCUCGAUGUCACUAAUGAUUCCUCUGAGCCUUUGAACAUCCCUUCUCCUCAUGAGCCAUUGGUGGGAAUUGUUGAUACACCAGGGCCCCAAACAAACGGCUUUCCGGGACUCUAUCCAACCUACAAUAUUUUACCAGACGCAACUGCGAUUUCUCCUGCUGGGCUUUCUGUCUUGGUGAGUUCUCACUGGGGCUCCCGCACCACCGUUCUUCAAAUAUCUUUGAAAGACGGUCUGGUUAGGGACCUUAUUCCCAUUUCGACAUUGUAUAGCUGGUCGGUUCUAGCUACGGAUGGUUUCACUCGUGUAAUUUGUUCUUGUAGUUCCCCUUCUUUGCCUUACGAAAUUGUGCUUGGAGAGUUCGAUGAGACAGGGGCCAUUAGCUGGCGAGUACUCGAUAAACCUGAGCUUCCUGAAGAUGUCAGUUCAGCUUUGGCAGGUAUUCGUACGAAGAUCGUUCGAAUUCCUGGGCGUCCUGGUGUAGAAACAAUUGUCGUUCAGGGUGCUAACAGGGGAAGCGGGACGAUUCCGCCUUGCAUUCUUUCUCCUCACGGUGGACCACAUGGUGCUAGUACCACUGCAUUCUCACCAACUACAGCUGCAUUGGUCAUUGAAGGCUACACAAUUUCCUUCCCAAAUUAUACAGGAUCCCCUGGAUAUGGAGAGGCUUUUAUCCAAGCCUUGGUUGGUCGAUGCGGAGAACUCGAUGUCCAAGAUUGUAUAGCGUCUGCCCGGCACCUCAUCUCUCUCGGGAUUUCCAAGGAAGGCCCGGGAAUGCAAUUGAUAACGGGUGGAAGCCAUGGAGGGUUUUUAACGGCGCACCUCGUUGGACAGUUCCCAAAUUUCUUUUCAGCCGCUAUUUUGCGUAACCCUGUUAUCUCGGUCGGAGAGAUCUCGACCAGCGACAUUCCAGACUGGUAUUUUUCCGAGUUCGGUUUCGACUACCCAGUGUUUUCGUCUUCCAUGUCAAACACAGAACAACUUGCGUCGUACCCAAACCCUCCGUUGGUAACCCCAAUGACAUUUGCCACCCUCCAAGCUGCUUCGCCCGUGGCAUACAUCGACGCUGUAUCCGUCCCUGUCUUACUUUUGAUCGGCGCAGAGGAUCGGAGGGUGUCACCAACUCAGGGCAUCGAAUAUUAUCAUGCUUUGAAAGCGCGGUACUCGGCGAAAUCGAAAGCCAGCAAGGUAGAGAUGCUCGUGUUCGAAGGCGAAAGUCAUCCUCUCGAUGGUGUGGAGGCAGCCAAGGCGAGCUUUGAGGCUACGGUGCAAUGGUUUAGAGAAGCAGUAAACUCAAAGAACCAUUUGUAG